AAAAGGACAUCAAUCAUUUUAUUGAUGAAGUUUGGUCGAUCAUAAUAGGCAUGACAUGAAUAAUAAAUAAGGUCUCCCACCAUCCCCCAAGCACUCACAUAGUAGAAACGGCACAAAAUCCCCAGGACGGUCGACAAGUAAGUCUCUCGACCCGUCCGUCCGUCUGUCUGUCUGAUGACCACGCCACAGCUGUCAUCCAUGUACCUCCCAUAUAAAAAGCUGUCCUCAGGCGCCGUAGGCAUUCUUGAGAUGGUCAGACCACUGCUGCAUGGUCCAGCCCGAUGAUAUCGCGUUGUCCACGAGGCCGUUGACAAUCACUGUCGGUGUCACGUGGAUGCCUGCACAGUCACACAACACAUGAAACAAACACGUACGUCACGAGGGCAAUCGGGUGUCUGCGUGAAGUAGCGGGUCUAAUCUGGCUUCACCGACCAUUCUGUCUGCCGUACUUGGUGUGAAGCUUCUGCUCCUUGACCACCAUAUCAUUCUCGGGAGUCCCAGACGUCAUAUAGGUCUGCACACAUCCACACGUGGACAUAAAGCAUGUAAGCCCUCGGACACACACACAGACAAGCAGCUCAUCUCUGUCUCGGGCCCACCUUGAAUUGCUCUGCGUUGAAGCCAACGUCGGCAGCGAUUUUGACUAUCUUGUCGGCCACCUGUGCCUUGGACUCGCCCUCGACAGCCUGGUCCACGAAGAGGUCACGCUGGGCGAACAGCUGCUGCACAAGGGCCACGUAGUUGGGCUUCCCUGGAGCCGAGUCAAGCUGCCGGCCAAAGAGAGAAGAGAUAAAGUGGGGUGAGGGUGGGGGUAUCUAUCCAUCAGUCUCUCUGUUCACUCACCAUGUACGCGACGAUGGCUGCCUGUCCGAGCGUGGAUGCCUGCCAGUGCCACGGCUGCACAUAGUGGUGGUACACAAACUGCACAGACGGGAACCCUGCACAACACACCCACCAUGAGAUGGAUGACACACCAUAUGAGAUGAUUCAAGGAACGGAGAGAUGUGGGAGCUUGUUUCCUCUCACUCACUUGGCGCGACCUCCUUGAUGAGCGUGUUGCUGAUUUUGGCACAGAAGGGGCAAAUCAUGUCCAUGAACACCUAAGAGCAACACAUACACACGACCAACAAGCAAGGUUGCAUCGCCAUGCAUGCGUUGCCUUGGCCGCACCUCCACUUUGGCCACUUGGUUGGCGUCAGCGUUGUUGACGGGGAACCCCGCAGCCAUCCGCAUGGUAUGAGGGCGCCGCGAACGGGAAGAGGAGAGCUCACUCGAGUGCCGCCUCAGUCGGGCAGAAGGAGCGUUGAUAGCGCCGCCUGCAAACAUGAAUCAAGACACGCGCAGAGGAUGGCGCUUUGUCGUGGAGACUGACCAGAAGGGAUGAAUCCUUCUGCCGCCUCGAGAGCGACCUACAUGUCAUCACACACACAGACAGGAGAAGACUGCAGCAGACAUAUCAGCAUCUGGUGCGAUAGAUGGAUGAGCUGACCUGAAGAUUUCGCGUUGCAGUGAUGGUGCUCAGCGCUUGAGCCAACAGUAGCGAGAAAGCGAAUGCCAACUGCAUCUUAC